GCUCCACAUUUCACCGGGAGCUUUGAGACGGUCUUUCUGUUGGCUUUGAUGUGUGAGGGGUGUCGUCAGGUGGUGUUAGAACUGUUACCGGACCUGCAUUCACGGACAGCAAUGAAUGAAUGAACCCAGAACUUUCUUUACUACCGCUGCCCCCUCCUGCAUAAAAAAAUCUGCCUCAUACUGCAGUUGCACACUUUAUGAUGAAACACUGCCACCUUGUGGUGAAGUUUGUAGUAAUACGUUGUGGAUACUGAUACAGUGAGUGAGAUUAAAUAUGCUUUUUCUGUCCAAAAAUCUGCUAUCACAGCAGCCAAAACAUUAGACACAGCUAUAAUAAAAUCGGCUGAAUAAAGUAAAAUGCAGGAUGAGCUCAGCAAAAUAAAAAUUAUAAAAUGUGAAAUAUAGUAUCUGGUGUUACAAUAUUUAAAAAUUGUUAUCAGAAACGCCCAUGUCAUCUUUAUUCGGCCAAGUUUGUGCACACAAACAAGAUAUUUAAGUCCAGUUCACUUUGCUCUUUGGCAUGCAAAAAAAGAAAAAUGUUUUAAAAAAAAUAGGCAGGCUGUAAUGAAAGACAGAAAGUUGCAGAAAGUCUUAAGAAACUUUACAAACUAUAAGUGCAAAACUAUUUUAAGUGUUUGAUUGUUCUUUUUGCUUUAAUACAGCUAAACGGGAAGCAAUUUGCUCAUCGCGCGUCAAUAGUGGAUGUUCCAGGCUCUGGUUGCCUAGGUAAUGUUCUACCUGGGUCAGUACAUCAUCCAGAAGCAGCUGUACGACCAGAAGCAGCAACACAUCGUCCACUGCGCCCAGGAUGCUUUGGGCCGUGUGCUGGGAGUCGACAGCUUCUCCGUGAAAGAGCCGCGGGUUCUGUUUGCAAUGAUCACCAAGAACCUGGUGGCUGUCAGGAGUCCAGAAUCAACAACAAGUCUGAGUGAGCCGCACAGCAGCAGCCAGACAGACAGAAGGACGGAGGCGGCAGAAACGGAAGGUCGCUCUUCAUCGCCUGACAGGAGGAGGAGAAGAAGGAGGAGGAGGUGGAGCUGCAGGAGCAAUGAGCCAGGUCCUUCACACAGUGUAGACAACGAGGAUGUUGAGGAAGACUCAGAGGAGGAUGAGGAAGAGGGAGGCACGAAAAGGAGACGGUCUGACAGCUACUCGCUGACGUUUGACGACAGCCUGUCCUGGUGUGUGAUUGGAGGACUUGGGAGCGGGCGGGAAAGACACAGCAGCCAAUCAUCUGACUCGCACAGCACAUCUGGGAGAUCAGAGGUCACGGACGCAGCGUCAGACUCUGACAGCGACAACUUCAGUGUUGAAUUUGAAGUCGAGUCCAUAGAUUCAGAUGAUUACAAUGAAGAUGAUGCUUCUCUCUCUGCUGAUGAUCAGGUAUAUGAGGUCACAAUCUUUGAAGCAGAUGACGACGACUCCUUUGAUGAAGACACAGAGAUUACUGAAGCUGAUUACUGGCGCUGUGCGAAAUGCGAUGAGUUGAACCCUCCUCUGCCCAGAAACUGCCUCCGCUGCUGGGAUCUGCGCCAGGAUUGGCUACCUGAGGUGUCCGUCAACUGCACCUCCUCCAGCCCUAAAGCCCUACCCACAAAGCCGACCAACCUAUUAGCUGCCAAAGAACCUCCAGGUUCUGACGUGGAGGAGAAUGGAGUCGACGUUCCGGAUGGGAAAAGAUUAAAAACUCCUCCUCCUCUGCACUCGCAGUGUGCGUCAGACUCCACAUGCUCCUCCGCCGCUGCUGACUCCGCCUCCUCCGCACCAAACUCCCAGGAUCUUCUCUCAUGCUCCCAGCCUUCCUCCUCCUACUCGCAGGAGAAGCUCUGGACUCCCGAAUCCCAGCCCUCCUCUUCCUCAUACUCAUCCUCCAUUGAUUCUCAGGAGCUUCUCUCACCUUCCCCAGCUCCAGCUGCAGCUCAAGCUGCUCCUCUUACCACGCAAGUCCCCGAUAUGGAGCGCAGCAUGUCGGCGGAGUGGCGUCUGCCGGACUCGUGUCUGGACCCCUGCCUCAUCUGUCAGUCGCGACCAAAGAACGGCUGCAUCGUGCACGGACGCACCGGACACCUCAUGUCCUGCUACGUCUGUGCCAGGAAGCUGAAGAAGAGGAACAAGCUGUGCCCAGUCUGCAGGCUGCCCAUCCAGUCUGUCAUCCUCACCUACCUCAGCUGAGACCACUGCAUAUUUACUUUGACUAAAUCCCAAAUAAAAUAAACUUUUAGUUCUCGGGCACAUACGGGUGCUUUCUUCAAAUCUGAGAAGAUUUUCUUGAAAAAGUUAAUAAUUCUACUAUUUGACCUGUUUCUCUGUCCUCGAACCUCUGGAAUGUGCCUGGCAAGGGUUUGUCGGGUAACGCCAAGCUUCACAUUGCCUCGGGUUUCUUUUUUCUUUUCUUCUUCUUUUUUUAAAUGCUUGGUGUCGUUUCUUCUUUUUUGCUGUAUGUAUUUUGGUGCAGCUUACAUUAAACACUCAUCUUCACUGACCAAUCUCAGGUCCACGCCCUCUAAAGCUCCACCAUCAUUAUGAAAGUCCUACAAACAGAAGCCCCCAGAGUUUCAUAUGAAGAGCAGUGGAAAAAGACUGGAAAAUUAGAUCUGAGAUUUUCCUUUUUCCUGCUGCGUUUUAAAGACUUUUUAUUUAAAAAUAGUUUAAAACCUUACAUAAUUAACUAAAUCUAUAAAUAUUGCUGAAUAUUAAGAAACACAGCUACAACUUUAUUUUCAUAACACCUGUGUGUGGUGUUGGAGAGAUACCGCCUUAAACUUAAACCAAGGCUGAGUUGUACCUUAAUGUAAUACCAUUUAGCACCACAAGAUGGUGCAGUGAGUCAAUGUAAACAUUAUUUGCAGCACACAUUGAAAAAUUGAAGUAAUGCUAAAAUGAACGAAGAAACUGCUUCCCCCUGGUGGUGAAAACUAAAUUCUGCAGAGGCUAUAUCUGAAAGGUUUUAGAAGUUUUUUUUCACUAAAUCUUUAAUCAGAAAACAGAUGGAGGUGGAGCUCAAAUGUGAGAAGUUGUAACUUGUCGAAUGUUUUUUGUGUCGCCUUUAAAUUUGAUGGAAACAUCUCCACAGCUAGCUUUCAGACAUUUUAUAGAUCUUUGACUUUUUAAGCCGACAUUUUAAAAAAUGGGAGGAUUUUGUUCCAUAUUUAGUGUUCUGGUGUGGACAGGUGUGGCGCUCUGUGGCAAAGAGAGAUAUUUUUAGAAUGUGUUAAUUAUAUUUUGUACGAUGCAAACUUUAGAAGCAUCGGCCGUGUCUUGUAAAAGACACUCGACCCUGAAUCAUUUCUGCGCCUGCUCUCCGUCGCCUCCGCCAAGCUCGCUCGCUCCUGGAUCGCCCCGUUCUGCGUCUCAGCUUCUCCCUUGAUGAGUUCACCUUAACCGGAUUAAAAA